CCUUCGCACAUCAUCAGCCUCCAUCUCUCAAGCCAGCCAUCCGAUCUCAACCCUUCGCAGAUAUACCCUCCAUCCGAUCUCAACCCUCACCCUCCAUCCGAUCUCAACCCUCCAUCUCUCAAGCCCUCACCCUCCAUCUUCGAUCUCAACCCUCACCCUCCAUCUGGCACUUUCAAGGCCUCACCCUCCAUCUUCGAUCUCAAGCCCUUACUCGGACGGUCAGUGUGAAGUAUCGGCGCCUCCAGAUCCACCCGUGAAGGCACCAACGAAGCGAGGAAACGCAGUUAACACAUUACACAACACAAUCACAGCCAAGUCACCCUCUGCAGCCUCACUCCCAAAUGGUUCUUAUACAUUUUUAGGUAUUUAGACUAGAACCAAAAGUGAGAGGGUUAGAAGCUGCUGAUAACAAAACUGAAAGCCCGGCCCGGUAAAGGAAGAGCUUACUGUCAAUUCCCCUAUUUUGAGUUCUCUUCCUAUCUCUUGGAAUCCCUUCCUCUUGCAAAUUAUCUUAGGUUUCUAAUAAAAUUCUGUGACACAUAUUAAGUGGAUCUGCCCAACUGCCCCUACACGUCCAGACGUCCAGUGACCCUACUUGGGGGAUUUCCUUGCACUGCAUCUCCUCCUAUCUCUUGGAAUCCCUUCCUCUUGCAAAUUAUCUUAGGUCUCUAAUAAAAUUCUGUGACACAAAUUAAGUGGAUCUGCCCAACUGCCCCUACAUGUCCAGACGUCCAGUGACCCUACUUGGGGGAUUUCCUUGCACUGCAUAUAAAAUAGUUUCACUACCUACAAAAUCCAAGAAGCAGCUUCGAAGCGGAUCACACUCUAAGUCAACUGCCCCGCUAUCUCGGAGGUGCAAACAGUAAACAAGCCGUGUGAAAAUUUCAUCCAGACUGGGCAUCAAAAACUGACAUUCGCUAGCAGGUAAAAUUCCGUAAAUAUUGUAUCGCAAUGGACAAAAGUUGGAUGGAGAAGAGGAGGUACAAACGAAUAUUUUGAAGGUGUAAACCAAUUCGUGGAAUUUGCCUCUCCAUCCACGUGCAAUGGGAAGAUCUUAUGUCCUUGUGUGAAAUGUGUGAAUUUGCUUAUACAACCGCUAAAUGUGGCACAUGAUCAUUGUUGGGCUUCGGGGAUGCUUAAAAAUUACAAAGUUUGGAAAUUUCAUGGUGAAUCGGCGGCUACUACGCCGGCUACCAAAUGUGGGAGCUCUCAUGUGCAAGAAACCCGAAUCUAUAUGGUGAUUUUCGUGGGAUGUUGCACGAUUUGUGCCCCCGCAUGAAAUGCCACCUGAACCAAUGGAAGAAGGUCCAACUGCGCAACAUCCGGCUGAAGGUCCGAAUGAUGACGCCAAGAAGUUUUACAAGAUGGUAGAUGAUGUAGACAAAUCUUUAUAUGAAGGUUGUACACUCUGUGUGGUUGGACAAAUAAGUCAUUUACUCUGUUGCUUCAAGACCUGAUGGAUAUGCUUCCUUCAGACGCUAAGUUGUCAAAGGACCAUUAUGAGGCUAAGAAGAUAGUUCGAGAUUUGAGUUUGGAUUAUGAGAAGAUCCAUGCUUGUCCCAAUGAUUGUAUGCUGUUUUGGAAGCAAAAUAUUAACCUCGAGGCGUGUCCUUGUUGUAAAGCUUCAACGUGGAAAACAAAUGAGACAUCUGUUGCUAGUAAGCAUGCUUCAUCCAAUAAGGGGAAGAAGAAAGCUGCGAAAAUCCUACGGUGGUUCCCCUUAAAGCCAAGAUUGCAGCGACUAUUUCUUUCACCCGAUCUGGCUAGUUCUAUGAAAUGGCAUGUUAAUGGUCAUACUGAUGAUGGGGUAAUGCGGCAUCCUGCUAACUCAGAUGCAUGGAAAAUGUUUGACAGUAAGGAUUUACACUUCUCAUCUGACCCUCCUAAUGUCAGAAUUGGAUUAGCUGCGGAUGGGUUCAACCCCUUCGGAAUUAUGAGUACUAGUCACAGUACGUGGCCUGUCAUGUUGGUCCCCUACAAUCUCCCACCUUGGCUGUGCAUGAAACAGUCAUCUUUGAUUUUAUCAUUAGUUAUUCCUGGUCCUACCUCGCCAGGGAUUGCUAUAGAUGUGUACUUGGAACCGUUAGUAGAAGAACUAAGGGAGUUAUGGGAUGUUGGAGUACAAGCAUACGAUGCAUCUUCAAAAGAAGUAUUCCAAUUGCGUGCAGCAUUGAUGUGGACCAUAAAUGAUUUUCCUGCAUACGCAGAUUUGUCGGGUUGGAGUACCAAAGGUGAGUUGGCGUGUCCUUCUUAUGCCGUGAAGACCAAGUCUCGAUAUUUGAGAAAUGGCUGCAAAUUUUGUUACAUGGGACAUCGACGAUGGUUGGAUGUUGACCACGAUUUUCGCAAAGACGGUAUGUCAUUUGAUGGAUCUAAUGAUACUCGUUUGGCUUCUGAACCACCAAUCGCAUCAGACAUUAUUGUGGAAACUGAACAUUUACUUGGAUGUUGUCUGAGUAGGACAUGUCAACUUGCUUACAAAAAAAGGAAGGGAAGGGAGGCAAACCAAAGUGGUUGGAAGAAAAUGAGUAUAUUUUUCACCUUGCCUUAUUGGGAGGAUCACAAGUUGCGACACAAUCUUGAUGUGAUGCAUAUAGAGAAGAAUGUGAUGAACAAUAUACUAAGCAUACUGUUGAACUUGAAGGAUAAAGCGAAGGAUAAUUACAAGGCACACCUUGACUUGGCGGACAUGGAGAUAAGGAGUGAACUCCACCUACAACGAAAAAGUGAUGAUCAGUAUACCAUACCGGUCGCAUGUUUUCAUAUGACUUCAUCGGAGAUAGAUGGUUUCUUGCAAGUUUUGAAGGACGUAACAAUGCUUGACGGGUACGCUUCCAAUAUCUCAGCCGUGUGAAUAUGAAAGAACGCAAGAUUUCUGGUUUGAAGAGUCAUGAUAAUCACAUCUUGAUGUAGCAACUUUUUCCCAUAGCAUUACGUGGGUCUUUGCCAUCUCAUGUUACUAAGCCUUUGAUAAAGUUAGCUUGCUUCUUUAGAGAAAUUUGUUCCAAAACCCUUACGGUUUCAGAUAUUGUGACUAUUGAGGCAGACAUUGGAGUGACAUUGUGUGAAAUGGAAAAGAUAUUUCCUCCAACCUUCUUUACAGUGAUGGUACAUUUGUUCAUGCACUUAGCUGUUGAAGCUAGGAUUGGUGGUCCAGUGCACUACCGUUGGAUGUAUCCCAUUAAAAGGUACCUCUCACGCCUUAAGUCUUACGUACGGAAUAGAGCUGCUCCGGAAGGGUCUAUUGCUGAAGGAUACAUAGUAGAGGAGUGCUUAACAUUUUGUUCAUGGUAUAUGGAAGGAGUUGAAACUAUAUUCAAUCAACCCACCAGGACAAUUGAGGAGUCAACAGGGGUGGUUUCGAUCGUGACAGUAAACAAUAAAGAAUGGACCUAAGCCCAUCGCUACGUUUUAUUCAAUUCUGAAAACAUCAACCACUUUCGUGAGAUGCACAAAAGAUUGAUAAAGGAUGAACUUCGAAAGGCCACAAUUGUAACGUUUCCAACGCCAUUAUAUAUAAGCACCACAUGGAGAAGUUUUGUACUUGAUUUAGGGGUCACUUGUUGGACGCAGGAAUGGGAAAAAAAUGCCAACUGCCACUUGUAGAAGUUGGCGAAGGACCCUCAAGUUCACGACAGAGGGGGGAGGAGUUGGAAGCCGCCCAUACUAGUGAUGUUGGGUCACAACCCCCAGGAAUGGAAAGGGACCAUCCAUUGAUGGUUGUGCUAGUUGGCCAAGGAUCAUCAUGCUCACGAGACAGCGUGCAGGAGGAGUUAAGGGCCACCUAUGCGGCUGAGCAUGCAAGAUGGGAGGGAGGAGAUGAUGAUGAUGAUGAGACACAACCGCCUUCUACAGAAGAUUUGGUCCAAGAAAUCCCACUAUCCAGUAAUGAACGUGCAGAAGAUUCAAUUCAGGAAGCCCCAGUAUCCAAUAAUUUAAAUAAAAAGCGUGGAAUAACGCUAAUGCAGCGAAUAUGGUCUCUUCCAGCGAACAAGAAAAUUGUAUGUGGGUUAAAUGGGAGCGGCCAACCGAUUGGGGAAAGCAGGCAAACAUUCAAAAGGUGGUUGGGCACCUUUUGCAUAUGCCACACCUAUUGCCCACUUAUGCCAAGUAAUUGGACGUGUGUCUCUCGUAAAUGCAAAGAAGAUGCUUGGAUAGAGAUAGAGAAAAAGUGGAUCAUUGACCCAGAAAUUAUUAAACCAACUAAUCAAAUGAACUGGGCAAUGCACUUACUAGGGGAACUAAGGAGGAAUCGAAGGAGCAAAUUAAAAAAGAAAUGCUACCCAAAAGAUGCGUUGAAAGAAGAUGUCAUUAAAAAUAUACCAACUUGGGCUGACGAGCAGGACUACAACGCGCUAGUUGACUAUUGGUUUGAUUCUAAAACGAAGACAUUAAUUGAUACGAACAAGAGAAGUUGUGGGUUUCAGAAGGAUAUAGCAAGGACAGGGCCUAUAAGUUUUGCCCAAACUGCUGAGAACAUGGCAAAAGAAAGUGGACAAGCAGUGGAGCGUGCAGAUGCUUUCAUAAAAGCAUAUUGCACCAAAGAUGGGAAUCUUGUUAGUGAUGAAGUGCGACAGAAGAUUGAUAAAAUGACUGAAAUUUUAAACAAUGGGGGCAAACUACAUGGAGACCGUUGCAAAGGAAUCCUGUGGUCAAAAGAUGAUGCGUUUACUCAAGUGAUGGGCAAAGAACGUUGUGGACGUGUACAUAGGGUUGAUUUUGGACCGACCCCAACAGGAAGAAGUGGGUCCAACCUUCCAUGAUUGCCUAGGCCGUCGUCCAGUGAAACGGCCCAUUGGAUGACUAAAUUGGAAAAUUCGUUGAGGGACCAACUUGCCGAGUCAGAGUAGAGGCAUUAGGAGCAAAUGGCCUCAUUGCAUGCAUGACAUAAGGAGGAAAUUGCCGAAGCACUGGCCGAAGCAAAGUGGCAAUCAAAUGCACGGCAUGAGAAGCAACUGGCCAAAGCAAAGCGGUAAAUGGAUGAAAUGAUGUCGGGCGUGAGAGACAUGUUACAAGAAGCCAUGUUACAAAGCAGCGUGAGCAGUUUAAGCAAUUUUUCAGGAUAGCGCUACAUCACAGUGAGGACUCUUCGUGGAUAUUUUAAGAUUGUAUGUUGUAUAACUUUUUGGCUGUAUCAGAAAGAAUAUUGUAAACAUGAUGUCUGAUGCUCACUGCAUCUUUUUUGUGUCAAAUGGACUUUAAACUUUUUCCCUCCAUUUUGUUGCUGUAUUGAACUGCAUAUUCCUUAAAGAUUGAUAAUUUUCCCGUAUUCGUUAGAGAUAUUGAUUUGUGACAGGUUUGAGAAAAUUCUAGCUUGAUAUUUAGUUGA